GACGUGGCAUUACACUUGUAUCAACAUGUUCGACAUGGUAAGAACGGACCAACCUGGUUACACAGAUUACCGUCUUCAUGAUCUUUAUGUUUAUCGCCUCAAUGGCGUAGUAGACGCAUAUAUUGACUCUGUAAGUCUUGCAUCGAAACCGACAACAAAUGACCCAGACGCUCAUCUACAACGAAAACGACCAGCAUAUUCUCGACAAGCAUUAAUUGAUAAUGUACGCGUAUAUGUAUUAACAAAUGGAUCAUAUCGAGUUAUAAUAAAACCACUUGAGUGCGGGCACGGAUUUCCUCUAUUUGAACUAGCAAAUGUCAAUAAGAAAUCACCAACCGACACAACAGUCAUGUUCUCCACAACAACAGUGAGCAGCAUAAAUUCUUCUCCGAGAAGUUCUACUGCUGCUUCAGUUUCAUCAACAACAUCCAGUGAAUCUUCAACAGUGUCAUCAAUGAACUCAGAAUCUAUCCCCUCUCCGACAGUGUCAACUCAAUCACAAUUUAAAACAAUGGAUGGACUAUUUUCCGCGGCAAGAGUUUUGGCAGCUUCGCCGCCAGUUACAGGACUUUUUGACGUAACAUUUAACGGCAAAGAGAAAAAAGGUAAUGCUACUGUAGUAAAUGAUUAUUUAAAUCACUUCAAUGACUAA